GCUUGGGUCUUUGCAAUGGUUCUCACCGCUAACACUAGGUGGCGCUGUCCAAAACACGCAACGCUAGAAAAACAACUUCCGGGACCCGCUUUGAAAGAGGACGAAGACAGGAAGGUGCCUUGUUCCAAGAAGAGCAAGAUGUCUGCCCUGGACGUGGAUGAUUUUAUUCAACAGAACCGAGCGGUAUCCGACCAGGUGGAAACGCACCGAGGCUACUGGGAGAGCGACAAACACUGGCUGCCCAGGAGGGAGUUCAUCCUCCGGAACAUGAGCGAGUACGACCUCGAGCAGCUGGACCAGCUGCUUGCUCUGUCCAUGGUCUGGGCCAACAACGUCUUCCUCGGCUGUCGGUAUAGCACAGAGCUCCUGGACAAAGUGAAGGAAAUGGCCGAAGGCAUCGAGGUGGAGGACGCACCGGUCUUCAAAACACGAGAUGAGAUUAUGAAGAAGCAACAGGGUCGAUGACCAGCUCAGUUGUCUCGUCUCCUCGUCGUAUUGGAUGAAAAAUGAUGGGACUCACUUGUUAUGUACUGUACAUGCAAAUUGUGCUUUGUGACAUGUCGGACCACAUUUAUGUGGUUUUGUUUUUCACCAUACCAUAUGGUUCAUGAGUAUGAACAUUUUUUUUUAAUGAAAUGCAGAAAGAUUGUUUUUAGAAUUUUAAUACUGUAACGACAUUAAGAUCUUUGGCUUCAAGGUUCAUCGAUCGCGAGGCGGUUGUUUUACAUUUUUUAAAUUGUGUUUUAUGUUUGUUUUUAAUGCUGUUUUCAUAGUUCAGAUGAAGGACGAAACUCCUGUCUCUGUCUGUAGCACAAUAAAGAACAAUAUUUCCUCA